AUGGAGGGAGAUCCACUUGGGCCCGAGUGCCCUCCAGGCUGCUGUCGCUUCGGCGCCCGCUGCCGCCAGCCCCACUCCCGGGCCCGGGCUGGGGCUGAGGCCGAGGAUGGGUCCGGGGCCAAGAAACCGCUGCUGCGCACGGCCACGGCCGUCGUCCCACGCAUCCGCUGGGACCCGCUGCUGGACCGAGCCGACUUUUCGGUGGGCUACUCCGACCGCUUUCUGGGCGUGCGCGAGGAGCCCUUCAGCACUAUUUGCUGGGACGAGCCGCUGGCGGUGCUGGUCGAGCCGCUGGCGGUGCUGGUCAUUCCGCAGCACCGCGUGCGGUACUUUCACUUCCGCGACUGCGUCAUGUGAGACCGCGACCCGAGCACCGAUCUUGUCUUCGGAUCAGGGUCGGCGGAGAGCCCCGGCCCCACCGUCGUGGACGCACUCGAGGGCGGGGGAGCACACGAGGAUGGAGAUGCGCACGACCGCGCGGACGCGCACGGGGUCGAGAACACCCAUGGGACCAGGCCCUCGAAGGACGGCAUAGAUGCUGCCUCCACUGGCGCCUAGGCGGGCGGGCACGGAGAGCUGGCUUGGACAGUCCCGAGCAGGUCCUCUGGCGCUGGUGUCUGUGAAGGCCCAGGACCUGGACGGGGCCAGGAUAUCUCGUAGAUGGAACCUGAAAGGGGAACUAGAGAGGCGCAGGUCGUGGCAGCCCCAAGAGACCCUGGGAAAUAUUAGGGUCCCCUCUCCUUUUUGUCUUAUUAAAGGUUUAUCAUUUCAAGGAACCAGCUCUUGGUUUUAUUUUAUAUUGUUUUUACAUAGUCUAUUUCUGCUCUUAAUCUUUAAUUCCUGCUAUUCACUUUUGUCUUUUUUUUCUAGUUCCCGUAGGUCAAAGGUUAGAUUUGAAAAUUUUGUUUCUUGAGGUAGACCCGUAUUAUGAAUUUCCCUCUUAGGGCUGCUUUCUCUGUGUCCCAUAGAUUUUGGUUCAUUGUUUUCAUUUGUCUCAAGGUAUUUUUAUCUCAUUAUUAACCCAUUAAUGUUAUUUAACCUCCAUGUUUGUUUUUCAGGUUCUUUGUUGUAACUCUAAGACUAAAAUGUAAUGU